AUGCUCUUCAAGGCGACCAAUCCAGAACUCAGCGCAGUGCGGACCUUCAAUGACCCUAGACGCCACGCAGUGUCGUAUCUGCUGGUCCAUGUCCAUGCCAUGGUCUCCCUGGCGUUAGGAAGCUUCAAUGGUAGUAUGCCAGGAUUGAGCUUCAUGGCCAAAAGCAACCCCAACGUUGGGAUCACAAUUUCAGGCGAUGAGCUUGGGGAGACUAUACCUGCUGCCAGCGACGCCAUCACCGACCUCACGCACGAAAUUGGCACGCACCCAACGGAGAUCGACAUAGCGAUCGCCGGGAACUUAGUUUUUACAUCCGGUUCGGCGGAGCACAAGUCGAAUACCGCGCGGUACAUAUUUUCAGCGUUCAGUCUCUCGCUGAUGGUGGGUUUUUCGGAGUGA